CUCUAACGCUCAUGGGUUUACCUCUCCGAGUUUAAACUUAGCAGAUCGACUGUUGCAGAUUUUGUCACACUUGGUGACUUUUUAUGUGAUUUUUACCUAACUUUGUUUGACCUCAGAUUGUGUCCCCCACCCCCACUUUUUUUGUCUGACUUGUUUUAUUUGUAAUCGCAACCAUUUUUUCGGGAACGAAACUGGGAUUUUCCCUCAUAUUAUGCACUUCAAUGGAUUCCGGUGGCUCAGUGGUUAGCAUGCGAGCUGAGGAGCAGCCCUUUCAUGUCCGCUACAGGAUGGAGGUGUCCUGUCUGGAGUUGGCGUUGGAGGGUGAGCGGCUCUGUAAGGUGGGCGACUACAGCGCGGGCGUCUCCUUUUUUGAAGCUGCAAUCCAGGUGGGUACAGAGGACCUGCAGGUACUCAGUGCCAUCUACAGCCAGCUGGGGAAUGCCUACUUCCAUCUGCAUGACCACGCCAAAGCUUUGGAGUUCCACCGACAUGAUCUCACCUUGACAAGAACAAUUGGUGACCUGCUUGGGGAAGCCAAAGCCAGUGGAAACCUUGGCAACACGUUAAAGGUUUUGGGGCGGUUUGACGAAGCUGUGGUUUGCUGUCAGAGGCAUUUGGACAUAGCAAGGGACAUAAAUGACAAAGUUGGGCAGGCGCGAGCGCUGUAUAACUUUGGCAAUGUGUACCAUGCGAAAGGCAAAAGUAUUUGUUGGAGCGGGGCUGAGCCUGGAGAUUUCCCAGAAGAGGUCAUGACAGCACUAAGACAAGCAGCGGAAUACUAUGAGGCAAACCUGGCAAUAGUGAAGGAGCUCGGGGAUCAGGCUGCUCAGGGUCGGACUUAUGGUAACCUCGGCAACACACACUACCUGUUGGGAAACUUUGGUAAAGCUGUGGCCUCUCAUGAACAGCGUCUGCUGAUAGCUAAGGAGUUUGGCGAUCGCUCAGCAGAACGUCGGGCUUACUGUAACCUGGGAAACGCUUUUAUCUUUUUGGGGGAAUUUGAAGUGGCCGCUGAGCAUUACAAAAGGUCGCUGCAGCUGGCGAGGCAGCUGAAGGACCGAGCUGUGGAGGCACAGGCUUGCUACAGUCUGGGUAACACCUACACGUUACUGCAGGACUAUGAGAGAGCCAUAGACUAUCACCUGAAACACCUCAUCAUAGCUCAAGACCUCAAUGACAGGAUUGGGGAGGGUCGAGCAUGCUGGAGUCUUGGAAAUGCUCACACUGCACUGGGGAACCACGAUCAAGCCAUGCACUUCGCUGAGAAACACCUUGAGAUCUGCAAAGAGACUGGAGACAGGAGUGGGGAGCUGACUGCUCGUAUGAAUGUCUCGGAUCUCCAGAUGGUUUUGGGUUUGAGCUACAGCACAAAUAACUCUACGCUGUCCGAAAAUAAGGAGAUAGACUACAACCUGCAUGGAGCAAAGCCCAGGAUGAGCAGACGACACAGCAUGGAGAACCUAGAGCUGAUGAAACUCACUCCAGACAAGAUGAACGGUCAGAAGUGGAGCAGUGAAAUCCUGACAAAGCAGUCCAAACCCUCCCUGACUAAGAGCUCCUCCAAGCUGUUCUUUGUCAGCCGUCUGCGUGGGAAGAAGUACAAGCCUGGAGGCUCCACUAAGGUCCUCCAGGACACCAGCAACACCCUAGACACAAGUCAGACACCCGCACAGGGACCACAGAAACGGCCCACUCCUGACAUGCUUGGAGAUGAAGGCUUCUUUGACCUUCUGAGUCGGUUCCAAAGCAACCGUAUGGAUGAUCAGCGCUGCUCCAUACAGGACAGAGGCAGUAGGUUUUCGUUGAACAGUGGGCCCGUUUCACCCCCCAGAACCAUCAGGAAAUCUGUAUCAGAGUCUGUGAAUGUAUCAGGAUCUUCUGGCAGACGGUUGGAGGAAUCGUCAGCAGCGGGGGGAAGCCUGCCUGGUCUGAGACUGAAUCAGAGCAGCAACCAGGCUGUGCUGAACCACCUGAUGGCCAACGCUGACAACGCAGAGCCUGAUGAUGACUUCUUUGAUAUGCUCAUCAAGUGCCAGGGCUCCCGCUUGGACGACCAGCGCUGCGCCCCUCCGCCCCCUCCGGUCCGAGGUCCGACCGUACCCGACGAGGACUUCUUCAGCCUCAUCAUGCGCUCUCAGGCAAAACGAAUGGAUGAGCAACGCGUCACGUUGCCUUCUGCAGCCAGGUCCAACCCCAGCUCAGACUAAACGAAGCACUAAAUGGAGAAAAAAAUAAAAAUCACUUUUCUUUUUUAAUCUCAUGACCCAAUGGACUGCAACGUGAUUAACUCCAACAUAACUCUUUUGUCUCAUUGCGUUUGUCCCUUUUGGACAAAUCAAAGCACUGUAAACAUUGUACAGAAUAUUAUGGAAAAAUCUCAAAUUAAUUUGCACACCCACAAUGUCAACAGAAACUUUAGGGACUCCUUCGUUUGUUUUGAAUGGAUCUUUAUGAAUGAAUUUCAUUUCAUCUUUUAGUGUAUUUUUCAAUGCUCAACUGCAGCUAUGUUUGUAUUUAUUGUACCUUUUUACACGUCGGUGAAUGGAGGCGCUUAUCUGGGAGGAUUUGGUUUGGUUUAAGAGUUUCCAAGGACUUUCACAUGAAAACAAAAAAAACAAAAAAACGAUAAAAACAAAACAAAUUUAACCAGAUGAGAGCUCUUUGCUGUUUUGUAUGAAAUGUUUGAGAGAGUUCAGAAAUAAAACAGUUUCUGUAGAGACCCUG